UAUUAUACGAAACAUUGCAAAAUCAAAAAUUUCCUUGGACAAUCAGUAUGAACUACAUUAUCGCAUUGUUGUGUGUUUGUGGCGCAGUAGUUAUUUCUGGCUUCAGUAUAAAUGAUCAAGAAAUUAGACUUCGCUACCUACUUGCGAGUGGCUUCGGUGGGAUAGUACCAUCUUUGGAUCCACUUCACAUUGAUUCUUUUAAUUUAAAUAAUACUCUAACCAACGGAUCUCACUUAAUAGCACACAAUGCAAAAGUUUCUGGUUUAACGACAUUCGAUAGGAUCAACAUUAAUGAAUUAUACGAUAAUGGAAGCUUCGUUUUUCAAAUUCACGUACCAUCAAUCAAAUUUGAAAUGGUAGUGGAGACAAAUGAUGUACAAGUCGAUUCACCAUCAUCCGGACACAAAAGCGAUAAAUUCAGCGCAACUUUCAACAACAUUAAUAUAACUGUAACCGGAAUUCUUGAAAUUCUUGAUCACUCAGUUAGUCACAUAUCUGUGGAUGUCCAGUUUUCACAAAACGUAACAAAUGUUGAAAUAAAAGACAGUAAUGCUGAUAAUAUAAAUUUAAGAUUAAUAACAGUUUUUGGAGAUGCAAUCCACCACUAUCAAAAAGAAAUUUGUAGAUUUCUUUGUGAUUAUAAUAAAAAACUUGUAGAACAUGAACCAUAAACUGUUCGAUACAAUUCAUACAUAUGU